ACCCGAGACGUUUGAGUUGUGUAAAUAUUUUCAAGAUGGACGGUCGCAUUUCAUCGCUGCUCUGCUGCGAAUGUGAUGUUCGGUUCUAGUUUCAAUAAAAUUGUGAAUUUUUUGUACACAACGGAUAGACCCUCCCAGAAGGGUUCUUCGGUUGGUUCCAGUGGAAGAUGUGAUUCGACGGCAGGAAACCGUAAAUCCGUAAAUUUGAAUCCUCUUGGAUCCGCGGAAGUGCUCUUUCCGUGGUGUAUACGCAAUAAAAUUUUAAAAUUCAGUGAGCCUUUGCUGCAGUUGUGCUGCUGCCGCUUUUAGCACCCAACCCAACCCGCUCGGAAGUUGACUAGUUUUCGUGAAAAAGUAAAAAAUAAAAAAUUGAACGAGUAGAACCAGAAUUUAUCGCGGUAGUGUUUGUGUCCAGCAACGGAGUGUUUUAAAUUGUUUAUUUCCAACAAAUAUUCUUGUGUCGUCCUGUGACAGCCAGUAUUUUCCGUGUUUUCGGUGGGAAAUAUUUCUGUUUGUGAGAAUUUUAACAAAACAAACGCAAAUUUGCGAUUCGGUUCUAUAUCUGUUCGAAACAGAUGUUCCGGAAAAACGAGAGGCCAAACAAGAACCUGGAAGCUGCUGCGAGUGUUGCGUUGAGUGGGAAAAGCUGUUUCGCAAGAAAUCAAUAGAUCCCGUACGUGCCGAAAAGAAAAGCAGAAGGAAAAACUCGAUUUUAACAAGCUGCCAAAAAAAGCGAGAAUUUUGCGCGGAGCGGAGGCAGAAUUUGAUUUCCAUCCAAUUUGUCGUUUUCCACAAAAGAGAGAAAGGAAGAGAGCGCUUCGAGAGUGACGAAAAGCGCUACGCAAAAGUGGUGGAAAAUAGGUGUGUACGUGUCUGUGCGAGGAGAGUAAAUUUUCACUCGAAUGGGCGGCGGUGAUGUUUGUUAAAAAUAGAUAGAAAGGAGCGGAGAAGGAAAUCCCCAUCAGUGUGUUUUCCUGCGCUCUCCCGUUUCGAAGAGCUGCUGUCAGUAGUCUCACUCACGUUGGGUGUAUUUACGUGAAAUAAUUUUUGGAAUGUGAUAUAGAGAGAGUGAGCCAAGUGUCAAAUUCAAAGGAAGUGCUUCUCUAUUUUUCUUGUUCGGACCAGCUGAGUGGGAGGAAAUCGGAAUUCUUAGAUUUUGACGUCGAAGAAGGAAAUUGUUCUUCAAAGGAAAUACGAGCAAGCGCUUUUCCAGCUGGAUCACGUUACGCUGGCCAACGUAGAAAAAAGUGAUUCAGAUUACUUCUACUUGAAUGGCAAUACACAUACACCUAAAAACGGAGAACGGAGAACCCAUCAUCAGCGAAAAUGGUUCGCUUGAGCUGUGACGCAACCGGCGACGGAAAUCCGUUCGAUUUGUGGUACAUGGCAGCGGUGUGAAUCACGGCAUCCUUUCGACGCAUCCUUGCUGAGAAGAAAAACCAAGACCAAUACUAACGCACCCGGGUGACAUCUUCUCACCACAGCAAACAGAAUCGAUUACGAAUUGCGGCAAACGAUGAUGAGUCACUCCGGCAAGCACAUUCAAUCAUCGUCUUCUGCGACGACGGCAUCCACAGCAAGCACCGGCCAGGAGUCGUCAUCCGGUUUGCACUCCAAAAUGUCCGAUAAAUCCCGUACCGUCAGCGACAGCGAGUCGGAGAUUAACUACGACUUGUUCAAUAGCAGCCUGGCAUCGGACUGUGGUGCGUCGGUUAUGAACACCUCGCAGAUCUCGAACGCUUCCAACGAAUCAACGCAUAUAAAGAGUGCCAAUCUGACGCGGUCCCAGAAUUUGGGAGGGUCCUGUCGCUUCCCGAAGCUAGAAGAAUGCGCCCACUUCCAUUACGAGCGGGUCCAGCUGGGCAAACUGUCCGUGCGGCUGGUGGCGGACGAAAAAAACGACUCCCAGCUGGGCCAGAGUGGCCAAAGCUCCCUGCUCACCAGUACAGAUCUGAGCUGUUCCCAAACUAGUAAUGCUAUUAUUGGUGGUGGUGGUGGUGGUGGAAAGAAUAAUUGGUUCAUUAUCCGAAUAACGGCUGGCCGUUCGGAUUCCUUUAUGAUCAAGCGUUCGUUCGAGAACAUUCGGUUUCUGGACGAAAUGCUACAUCGAUGCGUGUACGACAGGAGGGUGAGCGAGUUGGAGAACCUAAAGGAGAUGGACGUGUUGGAGAAAGGUGACGACGAGCUGGAGGCCAUCGUUGCAGUCUACCUGAAUCGGCUGUCGGUGAUAGCCUCCGAUGCUAUGACCUGUGGGCCGGUGUUGACGUGGUUGCAAAUCGAUAAUAAAGGCCGCCGGUUGCCAGUUGCCGACGAGCAGACGAUGAAGAGUAUCAACACUCCGGCGGUUGGGGCAGCUUACGGCGUGAGGAGGUACGUGGCACAGGCUUGUGACGAGAUUUCAAUCGAGGUCGGAGACAUGAUUUCAGUUAUCGAUAUGCCAAGUCCGGCGGAGUCCGUCUGGUGGCGUGGGAAGAAAAGUCAUCUACAAAAGAACCAAUACGAAGUAGGAUUCUUCCCGCAGAGUUGUGUAGCCACGAUCGGGGAUAAAGUUCCUCGACAUAUGCCCUUCCCUGCGCCACUUGUAGGAUCUUUGGCUGUUUCUCCGACUAAACCGGUGCUGAGGAAACACGGGAAACUGAUAGCGUUCUUCCGAAGCUUCAUACUAUCACGACCCUCACGACGACGACUGAAACAGAGUGGAAUUUACAAGGAGAGAGUAUUUUCUUGCGACUUGGGGGAGCACCUGCUCAACAGUGGACAAGACAUUCCAAUGGUUUUGAAAUGUUGCGCGGAGUUUAUCGAAGAAUAUGGGAUCGUUGACGGUAUCUACCGUCUCUCGGGUAUAACCUCCAAUAUACAAAAACUAAGACGUGCUUUCGAUGAAGAGCGAAUCCCAGAUCUGACCCAUCCUGAGAUCAAACAGGACAUCCACGCCGUUAGUUCCUUACUAAAAAUGUAUUUCCGAGAACUGCCAAAUCCUCUCUGUACGUACCAACUGUACGACCACUUCGUGGAGGCGAUCCAAACUCGCUCAGAUGCGCCCAAUGAUCUCAAGUUAAGGUUGAUUCGGCAGACGGUUCAAAAGCUGCCACCUCCGCACUACCGAACGCUCAAAUAUUUGGCAACCCAUUUGUUUAAAAUCUCCCGACACUCUGCGAGUACUGGGAUGACGGAACGUAAUAUUGCCAUUGUGUGGGCUCCGAAUUUGCUGCGUUCGCCCGCUCUCGAGUCCGGUGGCGUUGCCGCCCUACGUGGAGUCGGUGUACAAGCCGUUGUCACUGAGUAUUUGAUCAGCAACUGCGAGCAGAUAUUCGACGACAACGCAGACGAUUUCGGUAGUCACUAUGUGGAGUCCCAGCCUACUUCACUCAGCGAUACGAACAGUAUCCCAAAUCAUAGUGGAUUAGAUCAAGACUUGUCGCUGUCGAUGGAGAGACCGAAGAGUUUGAGCGUUGGAGGUGCUAAAUUGCUGAGCUUGGAAGAAGCGCGCAUACGACGGAACUGUAUGGAAAAUUGCGAAAAAACGGUUCCCAUCAACAUUACAAACCCGUCAACACACAUCGGUUCGUACAUCGAAGUAGGCGGUGGACCCUCCAGUCUACCGGACAAAUACCACACGGUUCUGCCUGUGCCAAGAAGCUGGAACAAACGGAAAUCGCACUCGUCGUGGAAAUCCAUCUUCACCCGGCAGCCCCGACAGUCCAACAGCAAUCACGACAUCAAAGAAUACAGCAACGUGACGACCCCAACAUCGAAGGAACCCCCGGUCAUCAUUACCAACGGUAGAUCGCUGGACGAAGGUAGUGAGCAGCCGGAAGCAAACGUUGGGCUGAAGGAAAGCAACAGUGGACUGGUGCAGGAUAAGAUGACGAAGAGUGUAGAUCUUUUCGAUGGGAAAUCACUCACAAUAGAAUCCUGCGCUCGGUCGAAUUCGGUAGACAGUUUGCGGACCACGGGACACAGCCGAUCGGUGUCUCAUGAUUCGUACUUCGAUCUGCUUCAGUCACCGCUGCGCGGAGGCGUGGUUACGUGUCCCAGCCGUGAACUUUCAGAACUGGGGCUGAAUUUCGAUCGAGAGGAACCGGAGAUGCGGAUAUUCUCCGAGAGUGAGAGUCUGGUCAGCAGCCCGAAGGUUCCGAAGGAGUCUAUUCGACGUACACUUCGAGCGCGACCCGAAGAAUACACCAGCGGGGGCAAUAGUGUGAAUCCAAGCCCCAAGAAGCAACCCCGACUAAAUAUCCAGAACGGUGCCGAAGGAACCAAGCAGCAGUGGAUGGUAGCAUCGGCUGAAACCGGGUCGCUCAAUCCGGACGAGAGUCUCUGUAAGCGGUACAAGCUCGAGGACCAGCUCAGUGACAUUCAGUUCAUCGAUUGCAGCACGCCGGAGCAUAACGUUUCCAGUGCAGGUUCUUCGCUGAACAGCAACACUAUCUUCGCAAGCGUGCAAGUGCACAGACCACCUCUGCAGGAGGAUUCCGACGGGGAGAACGAACUUAUCGGCGUGCGGAACUCCUACCCGGGAUCACAGUAUAGCUAUGUGAGGUACGAUUCGCCAAUCAAGGAAACCCGGUUUAGCUAUCCGGGAACUAGUGCCAAAAAUAGGGAAGUCAGCAAUGCUGUCAACAAGGAGCAGCAGCAUCAGCAGGAAAUGAACGUGGAUGAACACCAGCAAGUGCAGAAAAACGUUUCAUCGUUGUACGAAAGUUUAAUUCUGUCCAGCCAAGCGUCGAAACCACCCAAGCAUCCCGGCCGCUACAGUUACAACCAAGCCAGCAGCAACGGUGGUGACCAGGUAACAGGCGACGAAAGCCGAGACGAAGAGUCGCAAGUAGUGCCACGGAGCUGCUCGGAGAAUAUGUUGCGAAAAAGUGACACACAAAAGAGCAAACUGAGCGUCAUGACGCCUCAAUCGCCAGUUCAAAGUCCAUGCUAUUCUCUGCUGGUCGGUUCUACCAGUUCCGACAACAGUAGCAAUCUUAACACUCCAGUUUACGAUAUGGACGUAUCGGUUGUGCUCGGUCAGCAACAAUCGUUAGAAAAUACCAAAGAAGAGACGGAGAAACAGCGAGACAUUAAUACGAUGAAACGAGAGCUUUCGUUGGAUCUAACCGAAAUUAGCGCAAAAAAUUCUUCCGGAAGUUUACUGGUGAUCAAGAAGACUUCCUCCCCAAACACUCCGUCGAAUUUUGCCUCGGAUAACACUAACACUAAUACAACCACCACCACCACUAGUCAAUCGAUGACUCCGAGCGAAUUCUGCUACCAAAAUCUUAACCCGGAACUUUCUCCCGGAGAGUUGGUUACGUUUGCUCCGAAGGUCGCCUCAACGAAACCGACAACGCCCAUCAAGGCAACCAUCAAUAUUACCUACAAUCUGCGGUCGCCUGUGCGGAAGGAGCAAGAGGGGAACAUUUUUGGUUCGUCGAAUAAUUCAUGCGGUUCGAUAACUCCGACCACACCGAAAAAGCUGGAGGAAGAGCUAAAAACCAUAGAAGAUCUGCGGGAGGAAGAAGAGUACCAGCGGGAGAGGAGAAGCAUAUAUGAGAAUGUUCUUGUGACCCCAGUGGAAUCGCAACCCCCAAAUGAAGUGAGUGCAGCCGCAAAACGAUUGCUGGAGACCAAUUUCGAUGAAACGAUGGUUUACGAACAGGUCAAGUUUUACAAGAACGCAAUAUCUGAGGUUAACCACUUGCUGGGCGACGGAGAGCUGGCGGCACACGAGACAUUCCCAAAAUCGAUGGAUCGUUCGAACAACGGAGGAGACGUGAAAGUACCUGAACUAGAAUCGCUCGAAGAGCAAGCCAAAAUAAAGCUUAAAAUAAACGAGGCGGAAGAUGGUGAAGAGGAGGACGACGAAGAUGAAGAAGAUAACACCGAUGGGAUCAACAACAAUCAGCACCGAUCGAGGACGGGUACCGAUUCGUCCCAUUCGGAGGUCAAAGAAAAAGCGGACUUUAUUUUGACCAGCAAAAGCGAAGAGGAAAGCGACGAUGUGCCGAUGUCGGAUUUAAACGACGAUAGUCUGGAGUUUGACAAUACGGAUGUGUCUCUGUACGAAAAUGUAGAAUUGCGGAGGAAGCCCUUCGCUCCGGUGUACGAAAAUAUGGUUCCAGGUCCGAUUAAUGUGGUGUGCUCUACGCUGAAAUCCACCACAGAUGAUGAUUUGUCGUCGCUCUGUGUCGACAGAAGUGAUCUGGAUAACGAGAUGGAAUAUCGUAUCGAAAUUCCGCCCAAGAUCGAGAUUAAACCGCCAACGAACAAUGUCAGCGUCAAACAGCUGGCUACUAAAUUCGAAACUAGUCCCGUAGAUGUUAAUCCACCGUUUGAUUUCCAACAGCAAUCGAAGAUCAACAAUAACCGAGGAAGUUCCGGACCGAUGGUAACUAUUCGGAAUAAAUCCGCUAAGGAUUACCAGAGCCUCACCAACAUAACCAGAAGUCUCGACGAGAACGCCUUCGUGCGAGAGUUUGGGAGCGCCCGGAAGCUCGAGAGCUUCAACAAAAGCAUUCAGCAAAUCCCGGAGAUCGAUAAUAUCCUCAACGAGAAUAACCCAAAUCGGCGCAAGUCGCUGGAUUUCAUUCGACCAAAGAGCCUGAAUCCCCCGAAGAAACUCCCCUCGCUGUCUGGGCAGGGCAUUGAAAAUCUGAAAGAUGGUAACCCCACCCAUGACUGCUGCCGGCAGCAGCAGCAGCAGCAAAAAUCCUCUCCGCCCGCAGAUCUCAAACUAGAUCUGUCCACCAAGAUUGAAGAUACCAAAGAAGCCCGAGCGUACAACGUCCGAAUCACACCCACCACCGAGAAUCGGAUAUCCCUCGUGCAGUACAACUAUGACAACCGGUCGAACCGUAAAGAGCCCCAGCAACAGCAGUGUCUGCAGCAGCAACAACAACAACAACAACAGGAAGAAGAUCGCAACAGUAUUACCAGCAUCUCCAGUCUGAAAAUGCUUGGAAGCUGCAAGCUGGACCGCAGCAGGAUAGAGAAAAUCAAAGAAGAACGACGCCAUCAGUUGAGCGAAAAGUAUCGAUCCGAGUCCUUCAAAGGCGAACGUGGUGACUACGGUAAGCUCAAAUCCAAAUCCAAAUCGGAGCUGCGAGACUUCAAGGACACCGAUGGGGUCGACACGGGCAAAAAGUACGACUCGCUGCGCUUCCGGUCCAAGUCGCGCAUCGAGCUAACCGAUCAGCAGCAGUACAGCAAUCUGGUGGACAACAGUAGUCUCUCCUCGGCGGUAUCGCUCAACACAGUGGCCAGUGGUCAGGUGGGUGGUGGCCGAACGCGCCGCAUAAGCGACGAGAAAAAUCAAAACGAUUGCAUCGUCGUUGUGUCCUCCUCACCGCCCCGACUGACCACCAUUGGCGGCGGAGUCGGCGGCGGCGGCAGCAGUAACAUUCCACCCGAUGCCAGCAUAACGCAGGUUUGCGACAGUAAGUUCGAGCUGAAAACGCGACAGAAAUUUGACAAACGAGGGAGCAGCAACAGUAACAGCAGUAGUGGGGAUUACCCGCUCAGUUCCGGUCCCGUUUCCAUCGUCGGUACCGGGCGCGAACGAGACAGCAGCUAUGGCAGUGGCGGUGGGACGAAGAGUUUUGUCCGGAACGGCGUCGCACAGCGAGAUCGAUUUUCUCCACAAAUUUCCAUCAAGGAUGUUGCGGCGAUGUUCGAAUCGCGCUCCCAAAAUCAAUCGUAAUCGAGCUAUGAUCGGAACACACACAGAAAGAGAGAGAGGAAAAGCAACGCACGUUCCCGAUAAACGAAGUUGAAUGCUUAAAAGGACCUGCAGCAAAAAAAUCAAAACAUAAAUACAUAAAGAAAUGGGCAACUCCUCGUUCUUCCCCACAACUUUUUGCUGCUUGCGAAUAAAUAUCGUAUCCCUUGUGCUAAGUGUUGUAAUAGAAGUAGCUUCUCUAUAUGAACUCGACCAAUAACACUUGUUGAAAACUCGACAAGAACCGCGGAGUAACAAAUUAUUGAUAUUACCCUAUGACCUUUCACACACACACACACAUGUAAACGUAAUAAACUAUGUUCAAGAAUCUCGUAAAACUCCUUAGAUCGAAACAUAAUACAAAAUACGACAAAAAUUAACUACUCUUUAGGAAAGACACAACAUAACCAAGCAAAUGCAGAAAGGAUAUUUAUUUAUAGUGAUGAUAGUAGGAUUGUCUAACACGAGUCUCGUAUCUUUCCCUGAGUCAUAAAGCCAAGCGCAUGAAGUCCUUCGAAAAAAAAAUUAUGAAUAUGACCAACAGCAGCAAUCUCAACUUUGCGUUCAAAGAGGAGCCUGAAUGAGUCCUACGCUAAUAUAUAUGCAUUUAUAUCUAAUAGCGACUACUCAAGCAGAAAAAGAGAGUUAUCGAUCGAUUUACUUUUUAAAACUGUGCGAAAAUUAGUAUAACAGUUGAUAGUAAUACAUGUACAUGUAAGCCGCAUUUUCUUUAGUAUGUUGUAAUAUUGGACGCGGAGCAACUAAGGAGAGUGCCGAUAGUGAAGGAGAGUCUGUUACUUUUGUUUUUUAGAUUGUGUUGUUCAGUUAAACUACUUUUUAAUGUGUAGCUUAGCUUAGAUUGUACCGAACGAAAGAACCAGGGAUUGAUCUAUUUCUCUUGGUUUUUCUUUUUUGCUAAAACGAUUUUCAGAAUUAAGACGAAUGUAAUGAAAAAAAAUUUACAUUGUAAGCAUCACCACACGAAUGUGCAUCACAUUAGAUAAAAUUGUGUAUAAGGGCUCUUGUCAAAAAUAUUCUUAUGUAUAUUGCUUUAGAAAAUACCGUUUUGCCGAUUUGGUGUUCAUUUUCUAAUUUACGUGGAUUAUUCGUAUAUAGACAUGAUGAAAUGCAGGAACAGGAAAAAGAUUUGACACGAAAUUAAUAUUUUGUUCGUUUUUAAAACGAAAUUCAUUAUUAUUAUUAUUAUAGAAUUUGGAAUUUCUCAUUAACGAAGGAAAUUAAGCGAUCAUAAUUUACAGUGCUUUUGAUUUGGGGACUGCAUUUUAGUCUCUUGUUAAGGUUGUUUUUUUUUAAUGGUUCGAAGUCAUUAUAGCUUCUUGCUCCGAUAAUAAUAAUCAUUAUUAUUAUUAUUUCUUGUUUAUUCUAUUAUUUGUUCAUUAUUAUUCGAUUUGAUUAGUUAAAAAAUAAUUCUAAUAUUUGUUGAACUGUUUUCCACGUUGAUAUCCACGAAAAAUUUCCAAUAAAAAAAACAGAUUCAAAUAUUUUACAAACGAAGCGGUUACGUAUGUGUAGGAGGUUGAUUCGACACCAGAAAGUGACAAUAAUUUUCCAUAGCAUCGGCAUCAUUUAAAAUGCAUUACCCCGAAAUCAUAGACUAAUGUUACAUUUUGUAAGCCAGAAUAUACACCCCAAGAAGGAUCUUCCGUAUUUAUACAUAUAUUGAAAAGAACACAUGUGUUCAGUGCUAGGAUACAGAAAAUGAUUCCGAUAAAAGAAAACUAACUCAAAUCUUGAAACCAAUUUCCAUUCACUUUCUAAAAUCUUCAAUUUCUUCCAGCCGUUCGUUGCUUCGCUUCGGUUUGUUGUUCGCACGUAACGAUUUCAGAUAGGAUAUUAAUAACUUUGUAUAUACAUAUUGACCACACAGCACCCACAUUCACAACCUCUUUCGAAAAAUGAUAGAAAGGAACACGUAAGCUAUAUAUGUCGCGCGGCGUGAGAGCAGUUUUUGUGUCUGUAAAUAAUAUUUCUACGAGAUAUAAUAAUAGGGAAUCCCAAAUCCGAUAUUGAGCACAUAAAAUAUAUCAAUCCCGAAAUGAUUUGUAUUUAGAACAAUUAACACAAGUUGACAAAAGGCAAACAAAUCUAAAGUUUAUAUGAUGUCGGUAAGAAAGUACAUAAACACAAGGUAACACACUCAACUCAUUGAUACUUGAAACUACUUGAAACAUUGAUGAUAUUACUUGCUGAGCAUGGAUUUAGAGAAAUACAAACAUUGCUGACCUAUUGAAAGAAUCUUAUGGAGCAAAGCUAAGAAAAUAAAUCUUUCUUGGAAAAAUUUAUUCGA